AUGGCCACCACCGCAGCCCCAAUUCUGGCGCUGCUCGACGAACCAAACUACGAUCUCAAGACCCAUGCCCUCGAAUCGCUGGAUGAAAACAUCACCCAGCUGUGGGCGGAGGUUUCCGACCACGUGUCCCAGAUUGAAGAGCUCUACGAAGACAAGGACUUCCCCAAGCCCGAGCUCGCGGCUCUCGUGGCCUCCAAGAUCUACUACAACCUGGGCGACUACGAGUCAUCCAUGAAGUUUGCUUUGGCCGCUGGAAAACUCUUCAACUUCGAUUCCUCCUCUGAUUACGUCGAGACCAUUGUCAGCAAGUGCAUCCGAGAAUAUAUUGAGGUGUCGCAACAACACUACGAGGAUCCGUCUGCGCCUGUUCCCGACGCCCGUCUCGCCACGGUGCUCGACCAAAUGCUGCAGCGAUCGUACGCCCAGGGCCACCUGAAGCUGGCUCUCGGAGUGGCGCUGGAGGCCCGACGUUUGGACAUUAUCACCAAGAUCCUCGAGACCGCAGACACCGAAACGACCGUGGAGCUGGUGCAUUACGUGUUGGACUGCGUCGUAACGGUCGUCUCUUCGCGCCGGUUCAAGGACGAGGUGCUGUUGGAGCUCAACAAUGUCAUCCUGGGUCUGCCCCAGCCCGACUACCACGCCAUCUGCAAGAUCAUCGUCCAGCUCAACAGCAGCGAAGGCGCCUCUCGGCUCUUCAAGUCUCUGUUGGCCUCCAAGGACCCCGACUCCACCCUCAUUGCGUACCAGUGCGCUUUUGAUCUAGUGGCGUCAGGCUCGCAGCAGCUGCUCAACGAGGUUGCCGCCGAGUUCAAGGACAACGAGACCCUCGCAAAGAUCCUCUCCGGCGUCCCUACCUGCGACUACGACCUCACAUUCCUUAACCAGAACAAUAACACCGACACACAGAUGCUCAACCGGACCAAAAACUCGCUUGACCCCAAGAGCUCCAUGAACCACUCGGCCGUCACCUUUGCCAACGCAUUUCUGCACGCCGGCACAGCCCAGGACUCGUUUAUCCGCUCCAACCUCGACUGGCUCUCCAAGGCCUCCAACUGGACCAAGUUGUCGGCCACGGCUGCUCUGGGAGUCAUUCACAAGGGAAACCUGUCGCAGGGCCGACGAAUUCUCGCUCCCUACCUGCCCCAGGGCGAUAAUGCUGCCUCCGGCUCACCCUACACCCGGGGAGGCUCUCUGUACGCCCUUGGUCUCAUCUUUGCAGGCCAUGGCAACGAGGUGCUCGACUACCUUCAGCAGCAGAUUGAAGACACAGCAUCCGACGACGGAGGCGAUGUUGUGCUGCACGGUGCCUGUCUGGGUAUCGGUGUGGCUGGCAUGGGCUCCGGAAAGGCCUCUCUUUACGACAAACUGAGAGACGUGCUGUUUUCGGACUCUGCCGUGGCCGGAGAGGCUGCCGGACUCGCCAUGGGUCUGGUAAUGCUGGGAUCUGCCGACGAUGAUGCCCAGAAGGAAAUGUUCCUUUACGCACACGAGACUCAGCACGAGAAGAUCAUUCGGGGUCUGGCUCUGGGCCUUGCUCUUGUCAAUUACGCACGAGAGGAGUCUGCCGAGCCCAUGAUCGAGCAGCUGCUGGCCGAGCAGGACCCCAUUCUGCGGUACGGAGGAGCCUACACCAUUGCUCUUGCCUACGCCGGCACCGGCAACAACAAGGCCAUUCAGCGACUGCUGCACAUUGCUGUUUCUGAUGCCUCUGAUGACGUGCGACGAGCAGCUGUCAUUUCGCUGGGUUUCAUCCUUCUGCGUAACUACACUGCCGUCCCCCGAAUGGUCGAGCUGCUGUCCGAGUCGCACAACCCCCACGUGCGGUACGGAACUGCCCUGGCCCUCGGUAUUUCGUGUGCAGGCACAGGUCUCAAGGAGGCGGUGGAGGUGCUUGAGCCUCUGACUAAGGACCCCGCAGACUUUGUGCGACAGGGUGCUCUUGUGGCUCUCGCCAUGAUCCUCAUCCAGCAGAAUGAGAAGAUGAGUCCUCGAGUCAAGACUGCCCGGGAGACCUUUGCUCAUGCCAUUGCCUCCAAGCACGAGGACCCCAUGGUCAAGUUUGGUGCUGCUCUAGCUCAGGGUAUCAUUGAUGCCGGAGGUCGAAAUGUGACCAUUGCUCUUGAGAACCCCCAGACUGGGUCUCUUAACAUGAAGGCCAUUGUCGGUCUGGUUGUCUUCUCGCAGUUCUGGUACUGGUUCCCCUACACCCACUUCCUGUCUCUGUCAUUCAGCACCACUGCUGUCACCGGAGUCAACGAGGACCUCAAGAUCCCCCAGUUUGACUUUGUCACCUCUCACAAGCCCUCCUACUUUGGCUACCCUCCUCCUGCCGAGGAGGUGGUUGACAAGGCUCCCGAAAAGGUUGCCACCGCCGUUCUCUCUACCACAGCUCGUGCCAAGGCUCGGGCCAAGAAGAACGAGAAGGAUAAGGCUGACAAGAUGGAAGUUGAGGAGAAGCCCGAGGAGCCCUCCUCCGCCGCUGCAGCAUCUUCAAAGCCUGCCAAGGAGGCCAAGGUGGACGAGGACGCUGAUAAGCGAAUCCCCGGUCAGAAGAAGUGGCGUCUUGCCAACUUAACACGAGUGCUGCCUUCCCAGCUCAAGUAUAUUUCGUUUCCUGAGGAGAACCGGUUUGUGCCCAUUCGAAAGUUGCAUUCUGUUGGUGGAGUUGUGGUUCUGAGAGACCAGGAGAAGGGCAAGGGCGGCAAGAAGCCUCAGUUCAUCAAGACGGUCCGACAGAUCAACAAUCCUUUUGAUGAUGAGGACGACGAGGCUCCUCUGCCCGAGCCUUUCAAGUACGUCGAGGAGACCGAGUAA